CAAUUGGACAUUGUGAACACACUGCGUACUUGCGAGCUCCACCGUAGCGGAGCCAUAACCUAAUCUAUUCAUCUUAGCGUGUGCGCGGGAGAAAGAGUAAAAAAAACAAAGUAAAAAGAACAAGGAGGAAAAGAUAUUUAAUACACAACAUCAUAAGUGAAAAUGAAACGACCACACGUCAAAGCAGUUAUCGAAGAGGUAGUAACGGCUCCGGACAAAUUCCAACCAGUUAUCGUGACCUUCCAAAAUGGUCAGAUGAAGGACAAAGAGGUUCGGAAGAUCUCGUGUGGUCUGUUUCGAGACAAAAAUGAAGAAACCGUAUUAGCCAUGUCAAACGGACACAGUGUUUACAAGGGUAUCAGGCCGACUUUUGACAAACAGCCUCUGCGGACGAUGCUGCUUCUCCACAACAAGGUGACGGGCAAAGCGAGAUUGUUGGAAACAGAAAGGUGGCUAGUUUGUCCGGUAUUAGACAAACCCACCGCGGACAAAGACACCGACGACACAGAGGAAAAGAUCGCGAUAUUGAACAAGCAAUUCGGAUCGAAGAAAGUCAGACGUAAAACCGAGCAAUUUGAGAGAAUGAGAAUGAGCGUUGACGCCAUCAAGGAUCAACUUGAGAAGUCGGCGUCAAAUAUCAAAAUUGACAAAGUGGAUUUAUCCAAUGAGUUGAGUGUCGAAGAGUGUAUCUCAAGCGCAUUAUUACCUCCGUGCAAUAGAAACGCAAAUAAUGUCAAAGAUGUGUACAAUAUAAAUGAUAUCAUACCAAUAGGGAAAUUAGAAACGUUAUAUGACCACGCGGCAGAGAUUCUUAAUGGAUCUGCAAAUGAGAAAACUAAAUUCUUCAAACACACGCUAAAGAAAAUACAAUCAGACCCGGACAAAAUGCUCAAGAUCGCUCUGUUGCUUUACAUAGAAAUGAUCAACACGUGGUUUGCCAUGCCAAUGAAAGAAGCGAAAAAACGUGAUGCCGUCGCGUGUUCAGUUUCGGAGAUAGUAAAUCAGCACAUUAUCGACACAUACAGUAUAUCCAGUCCGAAUGGACGAUUGAGACCAAAUACCAUGAAGGACAAGGGCCUUGUGCACUGCUUGAUUCUUGCUCUUAUAGCAUCGGACUUCGAAUUGAACUUGGAAUUGUUUCGAGUUAUGUUGACAACGCGAACCGGUUUGAGGAAACUGAUGGACCUCGCGAGAAUUAUCGGAGCGACGCCCACGAAGGACGACAAGAAGAUUAUCAAGCUGAAAGUUCCAUUGCCAGAAGUCAUGACUCUCGUCAAAAAGGGAAGGAAAUCUACGAAAUCGGCGAAAACUUAGUCUUUGUGGCUAUUGUUUUGAUAUUUUACAAAACGUUUUGAUCAAGUUUUUAAAAGUCUUAAUUUCCUUUUUUUGUACAACUCCGCAAAUCUUGUUUACUAUGUAAAUCUAUAUGUAAAAUAUAUGUAUAUUUUUGUUAUA